ACUUUUGACAUUAAUGUUUGACUGAUAAAAAUUUAAAAAGCGCAUUCACUUGAAGGUGGUUUCGAUUUUGUUUUCAGCAGUUCACACUUCAUCCAUUAAAAUUAUAUAUUUAUCUGACAAAAAACGUAAAUCUUGAGUGAAUUACAAAUUCUGCAGUCUAAGAGCCUUGGGAUUAGUAUCUUGAACUCACGAUAUAAUUCAAAGAAUGGUUGAUUAGAAUAUUCAAAGUGAGAUGGGCGAUUCGUCGUCCACGCCAUCACUCUCUCCCGCCGAAGCGGAGCCGAGUAGUCCUAACUUAUUCGAGGCCGAGUCCCCGCCACGCGCAUCCCGCAGGCACCGGCGCGCCCGUCGCCUCGCCGGUAGCCCGGGCACCCCACCUGGGGCGCCGCCCGGUGCGCCGCCCAGUGCGCCGCCCGAUGCCCUCGCUCUCGGCCCCGCCAGUGAAGACUUACUGGUCACCACCAACUACGACACCGAGGCCACGCGGUCCGACCCCCCCGGCACCUUAUCUCAAUACGACCUCUCCACACUCUAUGGCAACUCGGACUCGGUGCGGCCGCAGAGCUCGCGCUCCGACCACGUCACCCCCAACUUGACCAAUGAGGAGUCCAACAGUUUGAUGUCUCUGCCCGACUCCAAGCAAGAUGACUCGGAGGAACCGCCCGCCAAGGUGCGCAAGCUCUCCUCGCCCAAGAUAAACGACGACACGGACGGCGAGACGUGCCCCAUAUGUCUCGACACGUGGGGCAACUCGGGCGAGCACAGGCUGGUCGCGCUCAAGUGCGGCCACCUGUUCGGGGCGCAGUGCGUCGAGCGCUGGCUGAAGGCGCAACCCUCGCGCGAACGCACCUGCCCCACAUGCAAGAGCAAAGCCGCGCUCAAAGACAUCCGCUUCAUCUAUGCUAAGCGUCUCGUCGCCGCCGACUCCUCGCAGAUCACCGCCCUGCAGAAGCAGGUCGACUCGCUGCAGACAGAGAAGAGCAGAGUCGAGCUUGAGCUGCAGAACUGCAAAAUAGCGCAUCGCGCGUGUAUCAUGCAGCUGGAAGUGCUGCGGAGCUCGCUGAUGAAGCCCCAGGUGGCCAAGGAGCAGCCCGUGAGGAGGACGUGGCGCUUCGCCCUCGAGAAGAACCUGGAAAUAUCGAAGGAGGGCGGAUGUCGCGUGAUGACGUACAACUGCCGCACCUACGAGCUGUACGUGUCGCAGAAGAGCGUCAACUACCUGUUUCCCGGGUACGGCAUCCGCAAGGUGAGUUGCGUGGACAACAAGGCGGGCCAGUUCCUGCACCUCCACCCCAAGCCCAUCCGCGACCUCACGUACUCGCAGCCGCGCGACCUGCUGCUCAGCGCGGGUCUGGACGGCGCGGCGCGCGUCGUGGAGCGCGGCGUGCCCGGCCUCGCCGUGCACUGCGGCCUGCCGCUCUGGUCCUGCUCCUGGGACCACCUGCGCACCAACGAGUUCUACGUGGGCGGCGUCGGCGGUGUCGUGCAGCAGUACGACGUGCGCAACCCCUCCCACUACAUCCAGCGACUGACGGCGCCCGGGGACAUGUCGCCCGUCGUCUCGCUGCGCUCCACAGAGUACGGCCUGCUCUCGUGCCAGCUCAACUCGUGCUGGCUGUGGGUGGCCAACAUGCGUCAGUGGGAGCCGCGCGCGCUGCCGCUCGAGGGACCGUUCAUGUCGCUGAGCUACGACGAGGAGUCGCACCGCGCGCUGGUGUCGUGUCGGGCGGGCGGCGGGGAGCGGGGGCGGCUGGCGCUGUGCCGGGUGCGGGCGAGCGCGCCGGGCGGCGAGGUUGUGCUGGAGCCGGAGCAGAGUUUCCCGGGGUCGGGGCGGGCGACGCUGAUGUCGCGCGCGGCGUGGGUGCGGGCGCCGGGCGCGCUGUGGGCGGCGGCGCACUCGGAGGGCGAGGCGGCGCUGCGGCUGCACGGGCUGGAGGGCGCUCGCUCGGUGUCGCUGCCGGCCGCGGAGCCCGCGCUGGACGUGUGCGCGCUGCAGCUCAACGGGGACACAGUGCUGGCCGCGCUCUCGGAGUGGCGCCUCCGACUGUACAAGGCCAUCACCACCACCACGUGAUACAAGGCUCACUUCUAGUGCUGACAUUGUGUACUAUUGACAAAUUAUGUGAUGAAAGUGAAUGUGAAAGUAUAGUUUUGUCUAUGGUUAUAAUGUUGUUAGUGUUGCUAGUUGCGUUUAUGAGAAAUAUGUGUAAUGUUGAUGUGAUUUCAUUUGACUCUUAAAAGAAAUUUGAUAUUUUAACCAGUGAUAAUUUUAUGACAUGAUGACAAAUUGAUAUUUAUAUAUGUGCCAUGAAUACAGUUAAUGUAAAUAAGGUGUAAAGUAAAUAGCUUAGUUCAAUAAAUAUACAGUUUACAGUUAGUAGAAAACACAAUUUAAAAAAGUAUAAAUGAAUAAAAUAACCGGAUUUAUAAAUUAUAGUAAAAGAUUCAUAAUAUACUAAGUACCAAAAGCAAUUUAGACAUAACAUUUGAAAUAUUAACUUCGUACUUUCUUAAAAUUAAAAACAUCACAAAAUUAUAAGUUUCUAGUACAUAUUUGCGAUCAGGAUAACAUAUCUUAAUUUGUUCUACCACACAUGAAGACAACUUCCGGAUUCUCUUUAUAAUAUACCAGAAAUGUUGAUAAAUAACUAAUAAAUAAUAAAUGCAAAUAUAA